AACUAAGGUAAGAUAAAGGGGGGGGUGAUUAGCAGCAAAAGUCGCUGUCGUUGAUGACACAAUUUCACACAAAGGCACUGGACCACCUCACUUCACGCCAUGAUGUCAUCAUGUCGGGGGCGGGGCCACUCGCACUAUAUGGAGACAUUCACUUGGUGUGUGUGUGUAUGUGUUUGCGUGAGUUUGAGUCAUUUACCUCCAAAUGUAAGGACAAACGUGUAGAAAUACAUUUUCUACAUGCUAGUGUUGAUUUUAAAGAACAUCUCUUUGAGGUGCUUUAUACACAGUAUUUGCAGUACAGUAGAAUUAAAUGUAUUACAGCAGUAUUAACAAUGCAGUAUUAUAAAUAUAUUUUAUUUCACGUUGAUUUUUUUUCAAUUGUGGAUUUAUUGUAAAUAUUUGAAUUUUUUAUUUAGAUUUGUAUGUGGAUUUAUUUUUCAUACAUUUAUUUGUAAAACAUUUAUUUAUAAUAUUAUAGUUUAUGCAUUUUCCCAACUAGCUCACUAACAGACGUCGCAAUUUGAUGGCGUCACUGCGAGGGCGUGGCUUUACCGUCAUUGAAAAGUCCAACGGUACACGUACUAACACGAAACUUGAAACCAAACAUCCUCUCAGCAUCAUCACCCGCCUUCAUCCUCCUCCUUCUCCGCCUCAUCAUCAUCAUCUGCAUCCGCCCCUACGUCACUUUGUGGAGGUGCAGAAGGCCACUGCGCGUGCGCGCAGCCUGUUUGACAGGUGGGAGGAGCUACUGCAGGAUGGCACUCAGGUGAGUCGUGAUGAAUUGGACUGGAGCACAAAUGAGCUGCGCAACUGCCUUCGGGCCAUCGACUGGGACUUGGAGGACCUUAGUGAGACCAUCAGUAUCGUGGAGUCUAAUCCCGGGAAGUUCCGUCUGGGCGAAGAGGAGCUUCAGGAGAGGAGAGACUUUGUGGAGCGAACCAGAAAAUCAGUGCAGGAGAUGAAGGACCAUUUGUCCAGUCCAUCGGCUGUGGCUCAGACAGAGAAGAAGAACAAGCAGGCCCUGUUGGCGUCAUCGUCUGUCCCGGACAGGUCUACGGGCCUGGAGGCCCACCUGGUGUCAACCAACUCCAGAUACAUCCAGGAACAGCAGGAACAACAACAGCUGAUCAUGCAGGAGCAGGAUGAUCAUCUGGAGUUGGUGUCCGGAAGCAUCCGAGUCCUCAAAGACAUGUCAGGACGCAUCGGGGACGAACUGGAUGAGCAGGCCAUCAUAUUGGAGGACUUCACAGACGAGAUGGACCAGACGUCGUCCCGCAUGGACUCGGUCCUCAAGAAGCUGGAAAAGGUCUCUCACAUGACCAGCAGCCGUCGUCAGUGGUGCGCCAUCGUCGUGCUGGUGGCCGUCCUUCUCUUCGUCCUCAUCCUCUUCUUCGCCCUCUGACCCUGGUGACCUCCGAAGUCUUGACUCCGCCCUUCCCCCCAGAGGGAAAUAACACAUGCCCUGCCCCCUCCACGCUAUUUUACUUCCCCGAGUCUGUAUAGCCUUGUGGUGGAGACAUCAAUGAUUGACAGCAGAGGUGGGUGGCGGCCAAUUCAAAUCAGGGAUGGUUGUUUUGUUUGUGUUUUUUUUUUUUGCCAGGUUAAAAGGUCACGAAACAUUUGGACUGCUUCUCUGAGCUUCAUUAAGAUGGAGCGUAACAGAAAGGUGUUUUUUUUUAAGACUUGGUUGCCUUAAAUCUAUUUUUAUACCUUGGAAAUGUUCCCGCCUUGACGUGAUGACGUCAGUCUCGAGUGAUCUGUCGAGUGACGUCACAAAAGUCAAGCCAGCAGACCUCCUGCAGGCUGGAAGCAGUUGCUAGGCAGGAUGCUGCAGCAGGAAGCACACCCUUGUUAAGUGUAGUGCGCCCCCUGCUGGAGGACAAAGGUCCUGUGUAGAUGUUGCUGCAGUAUGAAUACUUUGACAGUUUCUGCCUUUUAUGUACAAAAUCCACAUGAAGACAUUUCGCCUCUUGUUAUCGCACCUUCAGAGAAAGGAGGAUACUUUAAAAGUUCAGAUGAGAACUUAACCAAACGUAUUUUAUCCACAGUUUACUGCCAACUUUGAAUGCUUUAAAUGUAAACACAAUGUUUGGAAGCUCUUUGUUUUUUUUAUAUUAUCUUGAAAAGAUUAAGCAAAAGUUCAAUUCUGUGUGAUAAAUCACAUUUCAAAUUGA